UCUGCAGCGUCAGUCAGGUCUCAACUCUGCAGCAGGAUACAUGCGUACAGUGACAACAGCUCUCGUGUGGAAGAAGACAUAUGUGGAGAGUGACAUGGAGGGAGCCGGUUCGAUACGGAGCAGGUUGCAGCUGCUCCAGCAGGAUACAUGCGUCCAGUCAGAGUAACACCAACUCGUAUAGUCACACCAACGGCACACAGGCAGUUACAUCGACUAGUAACAUACAUGCGUACAGUCACAAUUAACAACAACAACAGCAACAGCAACAACACAUGACAAGAUGUACAGGAACACUUGAUACCUCGUCCUGAUGUUCUACAAAGAAAACAAUGACAAUAUGCUCAGACAAACCAGUCUUUUAAUCCUGUUGUUUCACAGCACACUUUGUGUUGAUCUCGUUUAUCACGUUGAGGAAGGCAAAAGUCCUGGCACCUAUCUUGGUAAUAUUGCUGUCGAUUCACAACUGCUGGAGACUAUUUCAGCUCAAGACUAUAAUUUAAUCCAAUUCAGCCAGCUUCAGAGAAGAGAGACUCAACAAUUUAACAUUACAAAAGUUGGAGAGAUCUACACGGCUGGCACAUUGGACACCGAGUCCCUGUGCCUCUACAACAAGGAGUGUUCAGUGAUUGUCAAAGUGGCAGUUCGUAAGGCAAAGACUUUUAUGAAGAUUCUCAAGAUUAAAGUAAUUAUAAAAGAUGUUAACGAUCACCAGCCAGAGUUCCCAAGUACACAAUUUAAUCUUCAGUUUGAUGAAACUGAUGGUAAAGGGACCACGAAACCAAUCCCUAAUGCCGUCGAUGGAGACGUUGGCAUAUUAAAUUCUCAAAUAACUUACAGGUUGAAAAAAAACAAAAAUGAACCAUUCUCGUUAGCAGUAUCGGAACGAAUUGGGGGGAAAUCUAAACUGGGAAUUCUCCUGGAAGAGAAACUUGAUCGAGAAGUAAAAGAUAAUUAUGCUUUAGAAGUGAUUGCCACAGAUGGAGGUUCACCUCCCAAACAAGGGGUGUUAAAAAUUCAAAUAUUUGUCAUUGAUGUAAAUGACAAUCUACCAUUUUUCUCUAAAAGUAUCUACAAUAUUUCCAUAAAGAGUUCCUACAGAAAGGACAGACCAAUCAUUACAGUGUCAGCAACAGAUUUAGAUUCUGAUGAAAAUGGUAAAGUUAUGUAUCACUUCAGUCCAAAGACUUUAGAUGUUGAUCGAAACCAUUUCCGUUUAAAUCAAUACAAUGGAGAAAUCUCCGUACAGCAAAUGUUUGACCAUGGACAAAAACAAACAUACAAGCUGUUUGUCGAAGCUGUUGAUGGUGGAAGCCCAUCGUUAAGUGCAUCUGCUUUGGUUCUCGUUAAUAUCAUUAAUCAAAGAAACAAUCCACCAACAAUAGAUGUAGAUUUUGUGUCUGGAUUGAAAGAAAAUACGACAGUAAUUUCAGAAGAUAUUGAAGUAGGCAGUUUUAUUGCUUACGUCAUGGUCAUUGACAAUGAUAACGGAGGGAAUGGAGAGGUUAACUGUGAAAUGAAACACGAGAAGUUUCAGCUUCUUAGUUUGGCUGCAAAAGAAUAUAAAAUAACAAUGAAAGGUUCCGUUGACAGAGAAGUGAGCAGCCAGUAUGAGAUUAGGAUUAACUGCCGAGAUAACGGCUCUCCACCUUUACAAUCAAGAAAAGUAUUUACUAUCAAAGUUCAGGAUGUUAAUGACGUCCAGCCUAAGUUUAUCAAGGAGACUUUUAAGUUUUUGACUUAUGAGACUGAAACAGCCAACUUUCCAGUUGGUUUUAUAAGUGCUGUUGACCCUGAUCUGGGGUCAGGAGGUCAGCUGGUUUAUUCUCUUCUCAAUAAAAAGCACAAUGCUUUCCCAUUCCAGAUAACUGAGUAUGGAUUUAUUUCAACGACAAAAGCCUUAGAUCGGGAAGAACAGAAUAUUUACAAAUUCCAGGUUUUUGUCAGAGACAGUGGAGUCCCUCCAUUAAACAACACAGCAAAUGUUGUUGUUGAAGUUGUCGAUGAAAACGACAAUGCCCCUUAUUUUACGUUCCCUAGUGUUGACCCCUUUAGUCUUGAUGUCCAUUAUUAUCCUCAAAGCAAGAAUGACAUCACAGUGCUGAGGGCUGUUGACAGGGACACUCGUGAAAAUGCAUUUCUUAAAUAUGGAAUACUUAAGGGCAACGACAAACAGUUAUUUGGGGUCAAUCCUUACACAGGGGUCUUAUCCUUCUCUCGCACCGUCUACCAAAACGAUGCAGGGGCUUAUAAUCUUAAAUUAGUUGUGAAGGACAGUGGCAGUCCCAUUUUGUCAGCCAUGACAACAGUCUCGUUAACACUGACAGUUAGUAAUAAGACAUCAACAAUGUUGACAGCAGUUCAAGUCCAAUCAGGUGAGAUGAUAGAUAUCAAUCUAGUGAUUAUCAUCGUAAUAAUAGCAGUGGUAGUUUCCAUAGCGAUAGUUAUCUUCAUCACAACAUGCAUUGUUAGGAGCCAAAAUGGCCGAAAUGUAACGACAAGGACCGGUGACAACCCACACUAUCGGUCCCGAACUGAAAUGAAACAGUUGAUUUACCAAGCAAACACUGCAGGUAUGAUAACGAGGAACCCAGAAGAAAUAGCAGACAAUGAUGACCAAUCAAUAAAAUCUAGGAGUCAGUUUUAUCCUGAAGAAGAAUCACAGAAGGAAUGGAUGACGCCAACAAUUGUGAAAACAUUUCCAAAAGCAUCAAAGCAGCCUAAAUCCAAGAUGUCUAACUACCCUAUAAGUGUGAAAUGUGGAGCAGACAUGGAGGCACAGAGUGUUGCUAUCGUUCCCAACUAUCUUACUGAGACAUUGUCCACUCACAAAGAUGGUGGACGAGUCUGGAAUCAGGGACAGCAUGGAGACUAUGAAGAGAUUCAUAAUAUGGCAGCACUCUAUGAUUUCAAACGCCCCACACCAGGUUCCAGUGAUAAGAAGCAACAUCAAGACUCAUAUAUGAAACCCUUCUUGUGAUAAUGACACAUUUCAUGUACUUUGUGGAGUACAACGGUGACUGACCAGUGGAGUACACUAAGACUGGUCAGUGGAGUACACUAGCACUGGUUAGUGGAGUACACCAGGACUAAUGGUCAGUGAGAUUCACAGACUGCAAUCAAUCAAUCAAACCUGUGCUUACACACACCGAUGUUUUGUACAUAUACUUACAUCUAUACACUGUAAUACAUACACACACACACACACACACACACACAUCAAAACUUACAAACAUACUUUUUUUAAAAUCGAUUAUAUGUAUUAAGAAACAUAUUUCUUUGUAUAUAAAUGUACAGACAAAAUUGUGAGCAUUUAUGUGUCUGAUUGAUACUGCACACACACACACACACACACACAUAUAUAUAUAUAUAUAUAUAUAUAUAUAUUCCAACAUACAUAUAUACUUGCACAAAAAUACAUAGAUACAUACAUAUUCAGCUCUUGUUCAUGCAGAAAUCAUUUCUCAACAAAAUAAAAGUAUACAAUAUGUACACACACACACACACACACACAUACAUUCAUACACACAUACAUAUACACACACAUAUAUGCAUAUGCACAUAUAUACUUGCAUACAUACAUACAUAUACAUACAUACAUAUAUAUAUAUAUAUAUAUAUAUAUAUAUAUAUAUAUAUAUAUAUAUAUAUAUAUAUAUAUAUGUACAUAUGUAUGUAUCCAUACAUAUACACAAUAUUGAAAUAUAAUCAUUCACUUCUUGUUUAUAAAUGGCUAUAAAGUGGCUGCCUAUCAAUGCAUACAUACGUAUACAUGUAUAUAUUCAUACAUACAUAUAUAUAUAUAUAUAUGUAUUUUUAUAUUUAUGUUAUAUAUAUAUAUAUAUAUAUAUAUAUACACAUAUAUAUAAUGACAUAUGUACAUAUGUGCGUAUAUAUGUGUAUGCAUAUAUUUGUAACCUAUGUGUAUAUAUAUACUUGUAACCUAUGUGUAUGUAUAUAUAUAUAUAUAUAUAUAUAUACAUGCACAUGCACACGCACACACACACACACACACAUACAUAAAAGACAUGUUGGAUAACCUACAUUUAUUCUGCUACCAAUAUUUGUUGUUCCUUACCUGGAUAGCAGCCAGUGAUUUUCAUUGUGUAUCCAUCAAAAAUUUAAAGUGGGUAGAUAUAUUUGUGCAAUCAUAUUUUACGUGUAGAAUCAAUGAAACAACAAGCUACAUUGUCAGCCCAUUAAACACUUCUAAAUAUUAUUAUUGGGUUUGUCUCUCUUCAACAUAUCACCAAAACUUAAACACUGUUAUUUUUGUUUCAUGGGUUUUUUUUUAUUUGUUUGUCUCUUUUUUUUUUCUCCUGAAUUCUUCAUUUGCUCUUUUCUGCUGCUGCUGCUGCCGCUGCCACUGCUUCUCCUGAUAUUGUACAUUUACUUGCAAUUCUUCAUCAUUUUAGCAACUCUUUAUACCAAUUCUUAAUCUUCCAUUUCAAUCAAACUUUCAUUUCUUUCUACAAAUGUUUUUCUCCACCAACCCCAGACCCCCGCCUCACUCCCUUCUUAUUAUGGAAUUAAUCUAGAAAAUUGUUUUUACAUUCUCAAAUGAUUUAAUGUCAGCUAAAUUUGUCAAUAUUAAACAUUUUUAAUCAUUAACUCAUCAAUGUCUGAUGCAAAAAAAUAAGAAGCAAAAAUUAUUUAAAAUAAAAUUUUAAAAAAAACAAAAAGCUAAAGAGGAGGUACACAGCUCUAAGACUUAACAAUGUUUUAUCACAAAUUAUUUGGGUUUGUGGACAUAUUAUUUGAAAUAUGAUCAUAUUAUUUUGAUCAAAAUGGAAACAUUAACAAAUUUUCAGAAAAGACAGCCUCUCUUUUAUUCAAAUAUGUCAGCUGUGUUAAAACUUUCAUCAAGAACUACCUCCAUUUACUAAAGAGUGCACAACUUUCCCAACAGAAAAAAAAAACAGUUUUUUUAAUGACUAUUAAAACACCAAUUUAAACAGUAAUUUUUUUUCCCCCAUGCAUUUUGUCCCAUCUCCUGUAAUAUAAGACAGAAAUUUUAAAUUGAAACAAAGUUUUACUUGUUAUACUAUUUAUAUAUAAUAAAAUCUGUCAAAAAUUUUCUGAUUA